CUCUCUGCUUAAAUGAGCGUGGGCUCGCCGCGCCCGCCACUUCAGCGGGGCCUGCGCCGCGGCUGCAGGCGGACGGGCCCGCGGAGGUCCGAUCCCUUGCGUCCGCGCUCCCCGGCAGCGAGGCGGUCGAUGGGACGGAGCGCCGCGGAGCAGGAGGCGGCGCCCGUCGGGGGACUGGGGCAGCGCGAGAGCCCGCCUGGAGGUUGGGGCAUGGCGGGCCGCAGGACCUGAGUCCUACCCUGCGGGUAGCAACCUGGUGGCGGGCGAUGGGGACGGAGCGGGGCUGCCGCCGCGCUGAGCCGUGAGCGCCGCGCUUCCGCCGCCGCCUCUUCGUCGCCGCCUUGGCCCCUCGCGAAGAGCCGGGCAGCUCGAGAACAUGGCCCUGGAGCAGCUCUCCUCGGUCCUCAAAGUGUUGUUAAUAACAAUACUUGUAGUGGAAGGGAUUGCUGUGGCCCAAAAGACCCAAGAUGGACAAAAUAUUGGAAUCAAGCACAUUCCUGCAACCCAGUGUGGCAUUUGGGUUCGAACCAGCAAUGGAGGUCAUUUUGCUUCACCAAAUUAUCCUGACUCAUAUCCACCAAACAAGGAAUGUAUCUACAUUUUGGAAGCUGCUCCACGUCAAAGAAUAGAGUUGACCUUUGAUGAACAUUAUUAUAUAGAACCAUCAUUUGAAUGUCGGUUUGAUAACUUGGAAGUUCGAGAUGGGCCGUUUGGUUUCUCUCCACUUGUAGAUCGUUACUGUGGUGUGAAAAGCCCUCCAUUAAUUAGAUCAACAGGGAGAUUCAUGUGGAUUAAGUUCAGUUCUGAUGAAGAACUUGAAGGACUAGGAUUUCGAGCAAAAUAUUCGUUUAUUCCAGAUCCAGACUUUACUUACCUAGGAGAUUGCCAGUUUGAGCUGUCAGGAGCUGACGGAAUAAUACGUUCUAGUCAGGUAGAACAAGAGGAAAAAACAAAACCUGGCCAAGCAGUUGAUUGCAUCUGGACGAUUAAAGCUACUCCAAAAGCUAAGAUUUAUUUGAGGUUCCUAGAUUAUCAGAUGGAGCACUCAAAUGAAUGCAAGAGAAAUUUCGUUGCAGUCUACGAUGGGAGCAGUUCUAUUGAAAAUCUGAAGGCCAAGUUUUGCAGCACUGUGGCCAACGAUGUAAUGCUUAAAACAGGAGUUGGGGUGAUACGGAUGUGGGCUGAUGAAGGUAGUCGGCUUAGCAGGUUCAGAAUGCUCUUUACUUCCUUUGUGGAGCCUCCCUGCACAGGCAGCACUUUCUUUUGCCAUAGCAACAUGUGCAUCAAUAAUUCUUUAGUCUGUAAUGGGGUUCAAAACUGUGCAUACCCUUGGGAUGAAAAUCAUUGUAAAGAAAAGAAAAAAGCAGGACUGUUUGAACAAAUCACUAAAACUCACGGAACAAUUAUUGGCAUUACGUCAGGGAUUGUCUUGGUCCUUCUCAUUAUUUCUAUUUUAGUACAAGUGAAACAGCCUCGAAAAAAGGUCAUGGCUUGCAAAACUGCUUUUAAUAAAACUGGAUUCCAAGAAGUGUUUGAUCCUCCUCAUUAUGAACUGUUUUCACUGAGAGACAAGGAGAUGUCUGCGGACCUGGCCGACCUGUCGGAGGAACUGGACAGCUACCAGAAGGCGCGGUGCUCCUCCACGGCGUCGCGGUGCAUCCACGACCAUCACUGUGGAUCGCAGGCACCCAGCAUCAAACAAAGCAGGACCAACCUCAGUUCCAUGGAACUUCCCUUCCGAAAUGAUUUUGCACAACCGCAGCCAAUGAAAACAUUUAAUAGCACCUUCAAAAAGAGUAGCUACACUUUCAAGCAGGCACACGAGUGCCCUGAACAGGCCCUAGAAGACAGAGUAAUGGAAGAGAUUCCCUGUGAAAUUUAUGUCAGAGGGCGGGAAGAUUCUGCACAAGCAUCCAUAUCCAUCGAUUUUUAAUCUUCUACUGAAGGUGACAUUAAUUAUUAAGUAUGUACGUAUGUAGCCUACAGAGCACCCAUACUGUUUUCAGCAGCCACCCCUUUUCUCCUGUCAGAGCCAGGAAGAUCUUCAUUUCCCAUUAACCUAAUGUAAUGGUGAAGUUUUUAUUAUCUCAGGCAGUCUAUAUAUGUUAACCCAACCUGGGAACUUAUUCCAUUCAGUAAAAAACAAAAAAUAAGCCUCUAUUGCUCAGUGUCCUACAAACAAAGCACCAGUUACAUAGUAGCAUUUGGAGAGAUGAGGGGUGGUGUUGCGCCAGGCUCAGCUGCCUGCGGGUCUUAGCAGCAGGAAGACCGCUCCUGAUUGAUACAGCUCUGUCAAUGUUUUGAUCCCACAAUAAGUUUAAAAGUAAGAUUUUUCUUCACAUUCCUUUUAUUUUUUUCUUUUCUCUAAAUUUAAUUUGUUUUAUAAGCCAGUAAUUUUACCCUUUCAGUUUCUUAUAUAAGUGGUUCAUGUAUCACACGUAUUUCAAUAUAGGCAUUUGUUCUAGAAUUUGUCAAAAUAUAACUAGUUACUGUGAUAAGUGCCAAUUAAGACACAGAGUUGUGUUUUGUCCAUCUUUCUUCUUGACUAGUUUCUAUACUGCUGCCUUUUAAUUACUGGAUCCUUAGUCUUUAUUUUCUGUGAUAUGAUUUAGCACCUUUAAGUCAUAUUUUGUCUUAGUUAUACGAAAAAGUUUCAUAAUCCUGGGAUGUAUGCACCAUUGCCAGUUAUACAUAAAAACUUGACAUAGAUUAAAAUUUUUAGAAAUGCUUUGAAAUUUCCCAAGUUUUAUUACAUUCAGUGAUAGCACAUUCAUUCCUGUGAGCAAAAAGUCAUUUAAUGCAUUUGGGGGGAGGCCUAUCAUUAUAUUUAUUUCCAGUGUUUCUCAUUACUAGAUCUGUGUUUUGUAUUAUUUUUAUAAAAAGAUUAUUUCACUCCCUUUGUAUUGGUUUAUCUUGUAGGAUAUGGUAACCAAGGUUGUUUGAGAGUUAAAGGAAAAUGCCUAAGAAACUGUAUAAGCCUUUAGAUUGCUUCUUACUUGGGACAGUACGUUUUUCUAGUUCUUACCAAGAAUAACAAUUUCCACUUUUUUUUAAACUGCACUUUUGACCUUAUUUUUUUUUAAUGGUAUAUAAACAAUAAUUUAUAAACAUGAUAUAAAAACUCAUUGUGUUUUUUUAGACUUUUGAUAUUAUUUGAUACUGUACAAACUUUAUUAAAUCAAGAUUAAAGAGCUACAUGGCAGAUUUCUUUCAAUGUUUGCGUUAGUGACUUUGUAUACAAAUAUGCUGUGAUGGAACUGUACACUAUAAUUUAUUGUAAAGACCUUGGUAAUGUGUACAUAAGCAUUUGUUUCCUCUUGUUAUUGCAUCUAGUUUAUGAUAAAUUUUUCACUGUGUGAUAUUUAUUGUUCUAAAUCACCACACAAAUCUGAUAUUAAAAUAUACAUUGUUACAUGAUUCUUCAAUCAUGUUAUUUAUGGCAAUGAGAUUUUCGAUCUUAAGAUAUAUAUAGAAAGGAAUCCAUUUAUUGAAUUAUAACUAAAAGAUAAAUUCUCAUUUUUGAUAUUUUUUGUAGUUAAAUUCUCAAUGAAAUGAGAAAUUAAAGUUUCACUGGAUUUCACUGAUUUUUUUAAAGUAUCACAUCUGUAUGUUUUCUCAGAUUAAUGAAAACUGUGACCUUAAACAUGAUACAUGUAUAAUACUCCUUCAAAAUGCUUAUUAUAUCACAUUUUUUAUUUUUAAAAAAGUAUAUACCAUCCAGAAGAUAGGAAAGCCUACAAAUAGUAUUGUCUUGAUUUAAGUCUUUUUAAAGUCAGCAUAAUUUCCUGUUUUAAAAAUAUAACUUGGGAAGGUAAAAAGACUUAACGAAUGUAGUGUUCAAUGAACUAAUGAACCAGAGCCAGAUUAGGUAGCUAAAUUCUUUCAGUAGCUGAAAAGGCAUUUUAGUAGGUAACACACCAGACAGUAUUUAGUAAAUCCUUAAUAAAAUAAUAACUGUGAUCUCAUUCUUAAUGAAAGGAAAAUUAUCAUAUUUUCUAUGUAAAAUUAUAUCCAUUAAAAAAAACUAUUAAAUCGUCUUUAACAUCUAUAGUAGAAAAUAAUACAAUAUGCUUAACUAGUCACUUGUAACUGUAUUUUUUUUUUUUUUUU